AUGGCACCAAAGACAGAGGAAAAGAAAUCAAAAACUGCCCAAGAGGCCAAGAACAAGAAGACAGUUGAAAAGAAGAAGCCUGCAGUUGCCAAGAAGUCUACCGCUGCCAAGAAGAAGAAGCCUGUUGAACCAAAGAAGGUCAAGACAGCUGAACCAAAGAAGGCCAAGACUGUUGAAUCGAAAAAGGUCAAGCCAGCAAAGGUAGCUGUUGUUAAGAAAGUCGCCAAAUCAGGAGCUGCCCCCAAGAAGCCACUUUCCGGAUUUAUGAAGUUCCGCCAAGAACAUUUUGAGAAGGUCAAGGGCGAGAAUCCAAGUGAUUCUGCUGGCCAAAUUGGAAAGAGGUUGGGAGACAUGUGGCGAGCUCUUUCUAAAGAAGAAAUGGCAGCCUACAAGCCCGCCAAGACUGCUGCAGUCAAGAAAUUAGCGCCAGCUGUUGUAGCAACUGCCCCUGCCAUUCUUGCGGCGUAG